AAUUCCCAACUUUCUCAAUCUCUCUCUGCCUAAAUUUUUCAUCCUAAAAGAAUAAAAACCCUAAUUCUGAUUUUUCAUUGUAGGAUUAGAUUAGAUGGCGGGACAUCUAGCUGAUAUAUAUGGUACAGAAAAAGACAGAGUAAAUUGUCCUUUUUAUUUCAAAAUCGGUGCUUGUAGACAUGGGGAUCGUUGUUCUAGGCAUCAUACCAGACCUUCUAUUAGCCCUACGAUUCUUCUCGCAAAUAUGUAUCAAAGACCUGAUAUGAUCACUCCUGGUGCUAGUAUUGAUCCUUCUGCUCAAGAUCCUCGUCAUAUUCAACAACACUUUGAUGAUUUCUAUGAAGAUUUGUUUGAUGAGCUGAGCAAGUAUGGAGAGAUUGAAAGUCUUAAUAUCUGUGACAAUGUGGCUGAUCAUAUGGUGGGGAAUGUUUAUGUUCAAUUUAGAGAGGAAGAACAUGCUGCUAAUGCACUUAAGAAUUUGACUGGAAGGUUUUAUGCAGGGCGUCCUAUUAUUGUUGAUUUCUCUCCUGUGACGGAUUUUCGUGAAGCUACCUGUAGGCAAUACGAUGAGAAUACGUGUAAUCGAGGUGGAUAUUGCAACUUUAUGCAUUUGAAGAAGAUUAGCAGGGAAUUGAAGCGGCAAUUAUUUGGUAGGUAUCACCGUUCAAGGCAUAGCCGCAGUAGAAGCAGAAGCCGCAGUCCUUACAAGCAUCGAAGUUAUGAAGAGCGUUCACAUGGUGGGCGUGGUCAUGAUAGAAGGUCCAAUGAUCGCGGUAACAGAAGCCCUGGAAGGAGAAGGGGGCGAAGUAGGAGUCCUGACAGGAAGAGGAAUAGGAGCCCUGUUAGGGAUAGGGAAGGUAGUGCAGAGAGGAGGGCCAAAAUUGAGCAGUGGAAUAGGGAAAAGGACCAAGUAGUAUCUGCUAAUGAGAAUACUACUACUGGUGUCACUCACAGUGACAGGAAUGGGGACGAUGCACAGAAUGGAGAGCAAUUCUAUGAGCAGCAACAACCACGGCGAGGAGGACAUGGAUCAUAUGAAUAUGAUCACUAAUCUGGUAGGUGUCAGUCACUUUGUUUGUUGGUCUUGUUAGAAUGAUGCCUCUCAGUCUGUUCUAUAGGAAAUAGAGGGUUUGGAUUACACUAGACGUACACAUUGAGUAAAUUCAGUUUAAUACCAUUUUCCACUGUGCAGGUGGUGUGCAGGUUUUCAGUUCUAGGAUGGGGAAUGUGAAUAUUGUUUCUUGUUUAUACAUCGUUAUUUCAUUUAUUUUGUUGCUGGUUUGGUUUUCAAAGACAGGUUUUUCAUUCAGCCUCAAUGUUUUGCUGAAAGUUUCUUUUUUUUGGUUGUUGUACACCAAUUCCUUCGCUUUGUUGCCGGCUUAAACUUCUCCUCCUUAUUUUUCCCGCCAAUGCUUCUUGCAUUUAUGCUAAAUUUUGAUCAUACAAUAGCUUUUCUGGUCAUGGAUUCUUAGGUUUUUUAAUGAUCCGGUCAAAAUUCUGAAAACGAGCCUGGAAGGUUCUAGUUUACUGAAAUCAUAACGGCAGUGUCUCUUCACAUGUUUGAUGGUUUUGUUAUUUUUAAUUUGACCUCAUGUGGUGCACAUCCAUGACAAAAUGUCUGAGUAUCUAUUUUCAGAGAUGUUGAUCUUACUUAUUUUCAUGAGUUGUUGCAGGUUCAGCUUCUGAGGAACAACCUUACCUUUUAUGUUAACUCACGGUGAGCUUUGAUUACAGUUUUUGGCUCGACGUCAGUGAUGCGAGUCCACAAGAUUUUAAUGUUUCACGGUGCGAAAGUUGAAGUUAUCUUGGCAGGUUAAGUUUUCUAUAUGGAGGAAGGACAUAAUUUUUUUGGUCAUUGGUGGAACGAGCGGAGAGGAUUUGCUCGAUGUUUGCUCAUUCUGUUUAGUUUGAGGAAGAUCUCUGGUCUUAAUUCAGAAAAGAACUUUGUUUUUUGUACUUGACCAUGUAGAAGUAGUUGAUACUCUUCAUUUUCUACUUGGUCGGCUCAGCGUAAGUUUUAGUAGAUUUAAACUCUCUCUUUUCUAGAAUCCUUUUAAUUGAAGAAAUCUAAGCAAUGAAAACCUGAGUUUCUUUUUAUGUC